UAUUCUUGAUCAUAACAUAAAUAAAUAGCUAGUUCAUAUCAUCUAAGAUCUUUGUGUAUUAUUAUUAUAUCUCUCCCUUUCCUCUCCAUCAUGACAUUAGAGCAAGAAUUGGAUGUAAAAUCUGAACUUCUACCCUUCCUUCGAGUCUAUAAGAACGGCAUAGUAGAGCGACUCUACAACCCGCCACUCGCACCACCAUCACCCACAGGGACCGAUAGCAGAGUCGCGUCAAGAGACAUCAUCAUUUCACCAUAUGUCUCGGCUCGAAUUUACCUACCUAACCAAACAAACACAAAACUUCCAAUUUUGGUCUACUUUCAUGGUGGGGGAUUUUGUAUCGAGUCUGCUUACUCCACUUUGUGUCACCAAUACAUUAAUACUAUUUCGGCUCAAGCCAACGCUCUUGUAAUUUCAGUAGAAUACAGAUUAGCCCCAGAACAUCCUCUUCCCACGGCGUACGAAGAUUCAUGGACUGCUCUACAAUGGGUUGCAACACAUUCUAGACAAAAACACGACGAAAAAUACGAACCAUGGUUGAUCAAACAUGGAGAUUUUAACCGUCUUUAUAUAGGUGGAUUUAGUUCUGGUGCAAAUAUUUCACAUCACAUGGCCAUUCGGGCCGGUACCGAAGAGCUAAAUGGUGGGGUCGAGAUUCUGGGAAUGUUUCUGACAAACCCAUAUUUUUUAGGCUCGGAACCAGUUGGUUCCGAGCCAGUCUUAACUACUCGUGAAUUGUCUAAUUUUUACAAUACAUGGAUGUUCAUUAACCCUAGCUUACCAGAUGGGUUUGAUCAUCCAUGGAUCAAUCCAUUUGUAAGAGAUGCACCUUGUUUAGCAAGCCUUGGAUGUAGGCGGUUGCUCGUUUGUGUUGCUUCCAAGGACGAGCUAAGAGACCGAGGGGUUCAUUACUAUGAAUUUGUUAGGGCGAGUGGAUGGAAAGGCGAAUCAUCUCUAUAUGAGGUUCAAGGAGAGGAUCAUGGGUUUCACAUCUUCAACCCUGAAAGUGUAAAUGCAAAGAAUAUGUUCAUACGUUUGGCUGAAUUUCUUCAACAUUACUAGCUUAAAAGUUAAGGUUUAUACAACUAUUGUAUAGGAAUCAUAUAUGUAUAUAAUCAUAAUGUUUUAUCAUGUAAGUUUGAAAAAAUUCCGUUUCUAAUUAAGUUGAAUUAGAUUGUCCAA